AUGAGGCAAGGGUUUUCAGAAGAACCAUCGAUUGAGCCACAAAUCCAGGCCAUUGACGAUGGAUCCACCUCCACAAGACUAGACGCGCCAAGCCCCAACAACAAGAAAGCUUCCAAGCCCACAUCAAAACAACACAAUGUCAUUAUUCAACCGCGUUUGCGUCCAAUGCCAUUCAAACUACAAGACAUUCCACCACCUGCCUUACCCGUACCGACUAAAGUACAAACUGUAAACGGUGUAAGCUACUUCCAAGUAGAGGACUUACCAGUGAACAGACGGGGAUUCAAGUACAAACUAUGUCGACCAAAUCCCCUCUUCACAUCAAAUUUUUAUUCAACAACCGACUUAUCGCCAUAUCAAGCUUGCGUCAGUCUAUUUGAUCGUUCGUCGGGGAUACUCUUUAGCCAGGAUUCAAUGUCAGUAACACUGCCUCAAGGGUGGAGGUCAGCUAGAAGUAAUGUGGGGAUAAGAGAAGGUUCAUACUACUUUGAGUUCAAAAUACUCAAUGCCGACGAAAAUAGCCAUGUCAGGGUCGGGGUUGCACGCAGAGAAGCGAGUUUGGAAGCACCAGUAGGCUAUGAUGCGUAUGGGUACGGUAUACGAGAUGUUGACGGGGAGUUGAUGUUUAUCAGUCGAAGAAAGAAUGUGUGUGUUGAGAAUGGGUUCACCACCGGCGAUGUUGUUGGGUUUCUAAUCGAGCUUCCCUCGUUGAAGGAGCAUAAGCGUGAGAUAAGGGAGUUUGUGGAGAGCAAAACGGCAGAAAUUUCUACUCAACAUCAGGCCAAAAAGAAAAAGACCAAAUGGAAGCAAAAUACCGUUGAACAAAAUGAAAUUUUCAACGCUCAUGAUAAUAUAGUCAGAGACCAGAUUCCUACAAAGUCAAAAGGUGCUCUUUAUUAUGAUCAGUAUGAAUACACAAAAACAAAGACAAUGGAUCAUUUAUUGAAUCCAAUCACCGUGUUUGGUGAAAAAGCAGUUAUUGAAAUGGAUGACAAGACAAAAAACAUCCCCGUAAUUGCCAAUUCUAGAAUACGAGUGUUCAAAAAUGGUGUUGAGCAAGAUUCGUGUAUUGAUAAUCUAUAUUCAUUCCUACCAACAAAUAUUGAAGAACGGGAGGAUCUCAAUCUUGAGCCAAAUGUCCAACAGCAACAGAAUCCGGGAUACAGAAACACCGAUGACAGCACAUUGGGGUACUAUCCCAUGUUAUCAACGUUCCAAAAUGGUGCAGUUCGAUUGAAUGCAGGCCCUGAUUUUGAAUUCCCUCCACCUGAGCCAGUAAAGCCAUUGAAUGAUCGAUACGAGGAGCAGGUGAUUGAGGAAUGGUAUUGGGAUGUGCUUGAUGAAGUUGAGGCACAGUAUUUGGAUAGUUUUGAUGACGAUAAUUGA